CUGUCCCGGGAUGCUGCAGCGGCGCUACGGGCGCCUCCUGGCCCGGCUGGAGCGGGCACUGCAGCUGCUGGAGCUCGGCGGCAGCGUGGAGGAAGACUACCUCCGGAUCGCCCGGUGCUUCGAGGCAACGCGCCAGAGAUGCCGCCGCCUGGAGCAGGACGGGCGGCAGGCCCGGGAGCAGCUGGCCCGUGUGGAGGCCGAGCGGGCAGCGCUGGAGGUGAAGCUCAAGCACGCCCGCAACCAGGUGGAGGUGGAGAUGAAUAAACGGCACCGGGCAGAGGCUGAGCUGGAGUUGCAGGAGCGCAAACUUCAGCUGGUCUUGGAGGCCUUGAUGUGGGAGCCAUGGGGCAGUGGAGAGCAACGCUCCAUCAUCAGUGCCCUGCUUGGCCGGCGCUUUGGGGCAGCUGUGGCGCCAGGCAGGAGGUCAUCUGCAGUGGACGAGUCAUGCCAGUCCCUCCUGUCCCACUCGGACAUCAGCUAUGACCGCACCGAAGACGAUGUGGAUGUUGAUGUGACGGUGGUGCGGACCCUGAAGCGCAAAGCCCAGGAGAGGCAGCGUGUGUCCCUGGCCCCUCAGAUCGGCCCUGUGGUGGUGGCGAAGCGGCACCGGUCUUCCGUGGCACCCCACAACACCCAGGCGAGUGUCCCCGCCGUGUCCCCUCCUGUUGAGGCCACAGGCCUUGCUGGCAGCCUCCCACCUGCUGCUCUGGUGCCACGACGCCGGUCUCACCAGGGACGCCGUGUCUCCACAGGUGCAGGGCUGACCACGCCACAUACCACCAGCGAGGAUCCGGGCUGCCGUGCCCCGGGGCAGGAGAGCCACACCAAGGGCAGCUCCCCGGGGAAGCUAGCACUAGCCCCCUUCCCCUUGCCUCCACCGGGCCUCCCAUCUCUCCAGCACCAGUUCACCUCCAAAACGGUGAUCCGCCCCGAGCCAUGCGGUGUCUGCGGCUCCCGCAUCUGCUUCGGGAAGGCUGCCGUCAAGUGCCGCCAGUGCCAGCUGCUGCUGCACCCCAAGUGCCGGGAGCAGUGUCUCACCCCCUGCUCACCCCGGCCUCGCCACCACGCCUGGCCCUGCGAGGGCGUGCUGGCUGACUUCGCCCCUGCCACGCCGCCCUUGGUGCCCGCGCUGGUGGUGCAGUGUGUGACUGAGGUGGAGACGCGAGGCUUGACGGAGACAGGGCUGUACCGGGUGCCGGGCGCGGAGCAGCUGGUGCGGGAAUGGAAGCGGAGGCUGCUGCAGGCUGGAGGUGCGCUGCCAGCCCUCGGCAGCGUGGCUGACAUCCACGUGGUGUGUGGGGUGCUCAAGGACUUCCUGCGGGGGCUCAAGGAGCCGCUGGUCACCUUCAGCCUCCACCCUGCCUUCCUGCGGGCUGCUGACAUCCCGGAUGAUGCUGCCUGCAGCACAGCCCUGCACCACGUGGUGAGCAAGCUGCCACCAGCCAACAGGGACACCCUAGCCUUCCUCAUGCUGCACCUGCUCAGGGUGUCACACAGCCCUGACUGCAAGAUGGAUGUCCUCAACCUGUCCCGCGUGUUUGGUCCCACGCUGGUGGGACAUGGCUCGGCCAACCCCACACCGCUCGUCAUCAUGGAGGACACACCGCGGCAGUGCAAGGUGAUGGCUCGGCUCCUCUCGCUGCCGCCCGACUUCUGGAGAGGCUUCCUGAGGAUGGAGCAGGAGAACCUGGUGCCGAUGCCAGCCCCAGCGGGUGAGCACAGUGAGGCACAGGAGCCCCAGCCCCCUCCCUGCCCUUGCCCUGUGGCUGUGGAAGGUUCCGGGGUGCCCAUGGUGGGGCUGGGGUGCGACAGUCCUGCAGAGCCCUUCUCCAGCCCCGUCAUCUCCCUGGAGCCCAAGCCGGGACAGCUGAGCCCAGGUGGUACCUGCUGCCUCCCCAACACCCUGCGGAGCUGCGUGGGCAUGGCAGCCCAGCCCCCGAAAGGGCAGGCUCUGAAGAAGGUGGGCCGGUUCUUCCCUCCCCCGGUGUAGCCUGCAGCGGCAGCUCCCAGGGGGCACGGGGCUGGCACCGGAGGAGGAGCGAAGCCUGCGGGACCAGGCAGACGGCUGGGGGCUGGGGGUGCCAAGCUCUUAGCCCUGCUCUGCUUUCUGGGGAACUGGGGACAGGGACACUGCCCCGGCGCUGUACUGAGGGGCUGGUUUUGUAUUAAACCCUUUGCAGCAAAACAA